GGGUGUCAGGAAAUGGAUGAGAAUGGGGAGGAAGGGGGGUGGGGGAGCGAGUCCAAGUUGGUCUGCCAAAACAGGGGACCGUCCGACCACCUCCCCUCUUCCAGUGUUAUCUCUCCUCAGUCCAAACGAAACACCUGCAUUUAUGAUGAUACCAACAUUUGGUUUACAAUUCUGGCCGUCUGGAUCGAUCAAAAGCCUAUCUUUUGCCCUCUCUGUCUUCCUCCCAUUUCUAGAGGGAGAGCUCCUCUCUCCCCCCUCUCUCUCUUCUGUGGUUUGUUUCUCUGUCCUUGCCAGUGAAAAAGAUUUUUCCUUUCCUUAGUUUUUCUACUAGAUUUUGCCCACUUGCGAACAUUUACAUUGCAAAGAUCUCAACUUGGGACCUUAAAAGUCCGAUCUUUCCAUUUGCAUCCGGGGACGCAGACUGCUGGGUUCAUCGUUGCUUCCGUGGGGAGGUUGAUGGCAUUGAUGAGAUGAAUCCAAUGUGUCGUCCGAUGGGUUGAUCGAAUCGGUAUAAAAGUUCGAAUUUUCUUGUUUGGUACAGUCAGCAAUUUCGUCGGACUUCUCCUCGGUUCUUCUAUCAUCCGCUUCCAUGGAUGACGAUGGUGGAUUGGGCAUCCGGAACUGGGGGUAUUAUGAGCCGUCGUCGAAGGGAAACCUUGGACUGCGGCUCAUGUCUUCCACUGUGGAGCAGGAUGCCAAGCCCCUUUUGUCGAAUGCUGGGUUCAUUCAUCGGCACUGCAGCAUUCCGGAGCCAACAGCUCCAGUGGACUUUAUGAGUGAUGGAUGGUUUCACCAUAGCAACGACAAUAGCAAGAAUGACUAUGUGAGAGACGGGUUGAUGCGCCAUAGCAAUAACAAUAGCAAGAAUCUCCACAUUUUGCCAACGAGCCACCAACACCACCCAACUUAUAGCGUGCUCCCUGAACCCCCCACCAUCGAGAACGUCCAGAUGCUGCAACAUCUGGAGCCGCAGCCCAAGGAUGACAAGGUUCCAGUGACAGAUGAGACCGUAGUUAGAAAUGAGUCUCCUUUGAAGAAGACGCCCAGGAGUCGUGCGCAGAAACCCCCAAAGACGAAGAAGCCUAAGAAAGUCACUGCACCAAAAGAUGAGGUUGCCAAUGGUUCAGCCUCACAUGGGAAGUCUGGAAGGAAGAGCACAGGCAUGGUCAUUAACGGGAUCAAUUUUGACAUGUCGAGGAUUCCGACUCCAGUCUGCUCUUGCACCGGAAAGCAACAACAGUGCUACCGAUGGGGAAUUGGAGGGUGGCAGUCAGCGUGCUGUACCACCAGUGUGUCAAUAUAUCCCCUUCCGAUGAGCACGAAGAGGCGGGGGGCACGCAUUGCUGGCCGAAAAAUGAGUCAGGGUGCAUUUAAGAAGGUGCUGGAGAAGCUGGCUGGAGAAGGGUACAACCUUUCUAAUCCAAUUGACUUGAGGACAUUCUGGGCUAAGCAUGGUACCAACAAGUUUGUGACUAUCAGGUAAAGAUGUUGGCUUGUUCUAUCAAUCUACCUUUGCAUUGGAUCAUUGUUUUCAUGGUGUUAUUACUUUGUGUCCUGCAGAGGUCCUUCGAUAUAAGUUUGAGCAAAAUUUUCUCGUAUCUGCCAACUUAACAUGCUUUUUUAGGUUUACACACUGGGGUUAUAUGUGCAACUUGCUUUCUUCCCUGGUCACUGAAACUUGUAGUUCGAAUAGUGCUGCCUAGAUCUUAUGGUUUUCUCAUCUAAUGAAUUGUAAAUCAUCAUCACCUGCUUCAUACUCGUAAUGAUUUAGUCCAGUACAUUGAAUGUUUUGGCAUUCUA